AUGUUAAAUUUGUCGCCGUCGAGCUACCGCAACGUUGAGGUCGACCGAAACGGCAACGUGAUAAAGGUUUACGCGAGCAGACCCUGGUGGGACAUUUACGAUCCCAACGUUGGGAAAGAGAGGAAGGACGACCCGGAUAACUUUGGUUUUGAAGCAUAUAACAGCGAGGUUGGUAAUGAUUAUUUCGGUAAUCUCGAAGAGGACCCGGUGACUGCGCUACAGGGUCCAGACCUGGAGCCAGCGUUGGAGCCAUCAGCCAACCCCAGAUACGAACAGGCCCCAACUAGUCCAGGCACUCUUGCGAAUGUUGUAAAUUUAAGAGAAGCAGUGCUUGUGGCUCUUGGUGGAGCGAGCGCAGCGGUCGUUCUUCUUCUCGUAAUGGCGGGCGUCUUCUGUGCUCGACGACGCAAAAACAGCCCCUCCCCCGUACCUUCGCCCCCGAUACUUGUCUACCCACCACAUGACAUCACAACACCAUGCUACCUGUAG